AUGAGUCUUACUUCUUUUUUCAUCCUCGCGCUCGCUAUCUCUGGUGCUGUUUCUCAAGCUGUGAUGGUCAACACCCCUACCUCCGUGGUACAAUGUUUACCUGUUCAGCUCAGUUGGUCUGGUGGUCAACCUCCUUACUUUAUAUCUCUCAUUCCUGGUGGUCAAACGACUGCCAUUCCUCUUGAAGACCUUGGUCAACAAACGGGUACCAGCUUCACUUGGAAAGUCGAUCUACCUGCAAAAACAGCAGUUAAUCUUCAAAUCCGUGAUAGUGUUGGUGUCUUGAAUUACUCUGAUCAGUUCACGAUCCAGGACCCUCCUGCUGGCACUACCUGCGACACGACCGGUAAUGGCACCACUACUGCUCCUACUCCUAUGACAACCGGAACUGUCUAA